UUUGAUUUCUUGCCGGUUUUUGCGAGGUGUUGGACCCGAACCCAGCCCGGCUCUCAGGCGGUGGGUGAGGUUUGUGCUGUCUCGGGACUCCCAGAACCAGCCCAGUGGCUUCGCUGCCCCGGGAAUUCCGGGCUCCAAAUCGGGGCUUGGCAGGCACCGAAAUUCCCCCGCGGGGCACAGAAGUGCCCGGAGCUGUCCCUGCUGGUUCCUGCUCUGCACACACACGGCCUUUUGGCAGAGAGAGAUCCCUCAGCGAGCCGGCUCUGCCGGGGAACCUCCUUAUUUCCCAUAACUUGCUGUUCAGGAUGAGUUUUGAGCCCAGCCUGGGAGGAUGUGAGAGCGCAGAGCCCCGUGGUGGCCGCUGAUGGGAGCUGGGAGCACAAACCCCUGCCCUGGGGUGCAGCCCAGGGCUGGGCCGUGUUCCAGCUGCUGGUUCUUGCUGAGCAGACUGUGCUGUGGGUGUGCAGGGGGGGAGAGAGCUUCUGCCAGGGUGCUGCAAAAACUUCUGUUGCUGUAGAGAAACUUAAAUAUAGCUGUUUAUAAUUAUAUGGUUAUAAAGCUGAGCCGUGACCAUUCCUUCUGCCUGCCAUGUGUCUGUGUUUGUGCAGCCAAGUUCUGACCAGAACACAGAUACAAGGGGGAAAUAAAGUGUUUUAGCUGCUGAACAGCUUUUCUUUUUUUUAAAUUUAUUUUUUUUAAUACUCCCUGCAAAAUUUGUGCUGCAAAACUCUGAUAGGGAAAACAUUGUAUAUUAUCAUGCCUUUUACAGGUGUGCUUAAAAUACUUUCUUUCAGUUAUUUUUUUCUAGUGCAGAGCUAUAAUAGGAGACCUUCUGUAUCUUUCCACGGGUAGGAGGUUUCCCUCCCUACCUGUGAUCCUUCACUUCCCUGUCAGUGCUUUAUGCUCUGCAUUUAAACCUUGGCAACUCCUUUUGUUCUUUCAGAUGAAGCACUCCUAAGUGGGCUCCCUGCAAGGGAGGUGUCAGUUAAGGAGCUCUAAAAAUGAUGAACUUAUUGUUGAGAUGAAAGGAGUGAGAGCUUGGAGAUCACUUCUCAGAUUGCCGUGAAAUCAGCUGUUCAGUGAGGGCUGGGGGGGGACAGUGGGCUUGUUUCUCGUGGUCCAGGAGCUGACACGUCCCCUCCUCCCCCUCUGUGCAGGGAUGGGGCUGAACGAAGAGCUGCUGCUCCAGGUGGAACUGUGAUGCUGCUGCAGUGAGAGCAGGUGUCCAAGUGUGCAGUGGAACCUCUGGGAAGGAGGAUGGACCCGUCGUCCCCGCCGUACCUGCUGGCCAAGCUGGCCCCGCUGCACUCGGAGCAGCUGCUGCAGGGCCUCAACGUGCUGCGGCAGCACCGCGAGCUGUGCGACGUCGUGCUGCGCGUGGGCGACGCCAAGAUCCACGCGCACAAGGUGGUGCUGGCCAGCAUCAGCCCCUACUUCAAGGCCAUGUUCACCGGCAACCUGUCGGAGAAGGAGAACGCCGAGGUGGAGUUCCAGUGCGUGGCCGAGGCGGCGCUGCAGGCCAUCGUGGAGUACGCCUACACCGGCACCGUCUUCAUCUCCCAGGACACCGUGGAGUCGCUGCUGCCCGCCGCCAACCUGCUGCAGGUGAAGCUGGUGGUCAAGGAGUGCUGCGCCUUCCUGGAGAGCCAGCUGGACCCCGGCAACUGCAUCGGCAUCUCGCGCUUCGCCGAGACCUACGGCUGCCACGACCUGUACCUGGCGGCCAGCAAGUACAUCUGCCAGAACUUCGAGGACGUGUGCCAGACCGAGGAGUUCCUGGAGCUGACGCACGCCGAGCUGGACGAGAUCGUGUCCAACGACUGCCUCAACGUGGUGACGGAGGAGAGCGUGUUCUACGCGCUCGAGGCCUGGAUCAAGUACGACGUGCGGGAGCGCCAGAAGCACCUGGCGCAGCUGCUGCACUGCGUGCGCCUGCCCCUGCUCAGCGUCAAGUUCCUCACGCGCCUCUACGAGGCCAACCACCUCAUCCGCGACGACCACACCUGCAAGCACCUGCUCAACGAGGCCCUCAAGUACCACUUCAUGCCCGAGCACAGACUGUCCCACCAGACCAUGCUGAUGACGCGGCCCCGCUGCGCCCCCAAAGUGCUCUGUGCCGUGGGGGGCAAGGCCGGGCUCUUCGCCUGCCUGGAAGGCAUGGAGAUGUACUUCCCGCAGAACGACUCGUGGAUCGGCCUGGCCCCGCUGAGCAUCCCGCGCUACGAGUUCGGGAUCUGCGCGCUGGAGCAGAAGAUCUACGUGGUGGGCGGCAUCGCCACGCACGUGUGCCAGGGCAUCAGCUACAGGAAGCACGAGAGCUCCGUGGAGUGCUGGGACCCCGACACCAACACGUGGAGCUCCCUGGAGAGGAUGUUCGAGAGCCGCAGCACGCUGGGCGUGGCGGUGCUGGCCGGGGAGCUGUACGCGCUGGGCGGCUACGACGGGCAGUCCUACCUGCGCUCCGUGGAGAAGUACCUGCCCAAGGGCAAGGAGUGGCAGCCGGUGGCACCCAUGAACAAGACGCGCAGCUGCUUCGCGGCCGCCGUGCUGGACGGGAUGAUCUACGCCAUCGGGGGCUACGGGCCCGCCCACAUGAACAGCAUGGAGCGCUACGACCCGAGCAAGAACUCCUGGGAGAACGUGGCCUCCAUGGCCGACAAACGGAUCAACUUCGGCGUGGGGGUCAUGCUGGGCUUCAUCUUCGUGGUGGGGGGGCACAACGGGGUGUCCCACCUGUCCAGCAUCGAGAGAUACGACCCCCACCAGAACCAGUGGACGGUGUGCCGGCCCAUGAAGGAGCCCAGGACAGGGGUGGGGGCGGCGGUGAUCGAUAACUACCUGUACGUGGUGGGGGGGCACUCGGGCUCCUCCUACCUGAACACGGUGCAGAAGUACGACCCCAUCUCGGACACGUGGCUGGACUCAGCGGGGAUGAUGUACUGCCGCUGCAACUUCGGCCUGGCCGCGCUCUGAGCGGGGCGGGGCCCCACGGACCUCACCGAUGGCGGGACCGAGCUGGCUCUGCUUGCACACAGUCCCUGCGGGGCCCCGGGCUGCGCCUGAGGAACGUGCCGAGGUUGGGAUUAAAAUGAGCACUUGUUUUCUUCCCAUAAUUGGCCUUUGUUCUUGCAGCAGCAGAGGAGUGGAGAGCUGCUCCACCGGCGGGGCUCAGCUGGCCCCCUGUUGGUGGCAGUGGGGUUUGGGGAGUGCUGUCCGUGCCCGGGAUCCGGUUGGAAACUCGUCCAUCUAACCCUUUCUAGAGCUUUCCUCUCUUCCUCCUGCCUCCUCUGGAAUAUGAAGUUUACUGUGCUCGGGGUGAGAGCUGUGUGAGUGUGUGUGUGAGUGCAGGGUUUGCCGAGUGGUGCCUGGCUGUGGCUGCACGUGGAGAAAGCGCCAGUGCUUCAUGGGUUUUUUAUGACCAGUAACUCAAGGGCUGCCUUGUUUCUGUAUCUCAAGGUUUGUAAAUAAUAAAUGCCAUAGGAUGUUGCCUGUACACUCUCCUUUGUUACCUGCUCACCGGUAGGAGGGCUGGGAGGAUCAUUAGGAACUCCUUAGGGACAUUUACAGGGCAAGUUUCUUGCCUCUCCGUGGCGUUUUUGGGUCUGAUGACGAGAAAUCGCAUUUUUAACUUUCCCUCCUGUUUUCUUUCUGUGGAGAAAUGACUGCUAGAUGGCCUGACUUCAUCUUGCUGUGUGUUUUCGGUUGGAAUGCAAGGAAAAACCCCAGCAGCAGCAUUCCCAGCAUGAUCCACAACAACCCCUCGAGCCCAGCCCGUCCCAUCCCGCCCCCGAGCGCACUCGUGCCCGUGUUCCCUGGGACCUCCUUUCUUAAAGAAUGUAUGAUCUGCUUUCUCAGAGUGUUCCCAUCUACAAAUGGUGCUAAAUGUGGGGUUCACAGGGGGGCUGCUCCUGGUUUCAGUGCAUAAAGCAUGUUUGGGUUGUUCCAGUGCUUUGGUUUCCCCUUUGCUCCGUCCACCCAUGCCUACGGAACUGUCCUGGAUCACACCACGAGCUCUUCACUGGCUACUUGAGUGGGGUUUUAUUUCAGAUCUGUGUUUAUUGUUCCCAUUCUCACAAACAGGGAGAUCCCAGCUCUGGUUCUUCCCACAGCUUUGCCUUCAGCACCAGUGCAGUGAGGUAGAAGCCCAGGGCUCCUCCCAAACCUGUGUCCUGCUGAGGCCAAAGGUCACCCCUGGGAUUAACCCCAGUGUGGGACAGCCCAAAACUCUGUGGAAAUUGGGGCAGAGAGAUAGGAACCAACGCUGGGAGUUAGAACCUUUAUUUAAAAUAGAAUUAAAGUAGAAUUUUAGCUAAUUUAGACUAUUUUGGGUUGUCCUCUGAUCACAGCUACCUUGGAUUUGUGUUGCUGUCUGUCUGGCUGUUGCCAGGCCUGGUACUGAGGAGUUUUUCUGCCUCCAGAGUCCCUCUCCCUUUGCUGUAACAUGUUAAAUUAAUGUUUGUUUCCCCCUGGUUUUCAAGCCCAUGUAGUAUUAUUUUUGACAGUGCAAUAAUAUUUGAAAUAGUUGCUUUAAAAGCCAUUUCUUUAUAAUUCUGCUGAGCUGGGGGGUGUUGAGUGCUCUGGAUUUCUGCUGAGUUCCUGUGGAGCUGGCUGCAGCCAGGGAAGCAGUGCUGGUCCUGUGCUUCCACCCUGAACACUCGGAUUGAGCCGGUCAGGGAGGGUGUUUGACCGUAAAACACUGCUCAUAAAGAACAGGUGUUUGCACAGACUAUAGAAUCCUGCAGGUCUGCUUCAGAUUUGGUAGAAUCAAGCAGGACUUUAAAUGUAAAUAAGGUAAACUGCAUUGAAAAUGCUGAAAUUGUUGAUUUAACCCACUAAGGAUUCCAGUUAUAGCAAUAAUAACCUGAUUUAAUUAUUCCAGGGCAUCUCUUGGUAGGGCAUGAGGAGCUGCAUGGCUGUAUUUGCAUGUUUGUGUGUGGGGAGGAGAAGGAAUCAUGGAAUCAGGGAAUGGUUUGGCUUGGAGGGACCUUAAAGCCCAUCCACCCCCUGCCAUGGGCAGGGACACCUUCCACCAGCCCAGGGUGCUCCAAGCCCCAUCCAGCCUGGCCUUGGACACUUCCAGGGAUGGAUCAGAAUAAAAAAUCCAUGGGUCAGGUGGUUAUUUGUACAAACACCUUUCAAUCACAGAGUUCAAAGCACUUAAAACUGCAAAAUGUUUUAUGCUCGUUCCCCAGGCAGUGGGAAUGGUAAAUCCCGGAAUGCUGUGGGUUGGAAGGGACCUUAAAGCCCCUCUCAUUCCACCCUCUGCCAGGGGCAGUUCCUAGGGAAUCGUGUCCCUUGAAAUCAUGCCAUCUCUAUUCCCCAUCCAGGUGCUGCUUGUCCUGUCACUGAAGUGCUUUGGGUAGGGGAGGAUCAGACUCAACAGUCAGUGUAAAAUCUGCUUUUAAACAUCAAUAAUCUCAUGGGAAUGUCUCUCUGCAGGUUAAAAAUUAAGGACCUUCAACUAAGAUGUCACAACAACUCCAAAUUAUCAUCCAGUUCCAGUUCUGACUCUCUCCAUGUAUCUGUAGAGCACUUUACACCGGGUUGCAAUGAGUUUAUGUGUGUACAUACAGCUCCUCAACUUCUGCUUUUUUUGAGAUACUCAUUUCUAAGCUGCUUGACAGUCUCUCUUCCUACAAAUGCUUUCCUUUCAGGAAGCCUACUUGGAAUUUCUAGAGGGGUAAAUGUGUCCAGUCCACGUUCCAAACAGGUUUUUUUCUGGGAGGUACCGUGUUCUUCCCAUGAGUUUCCCAUCUGUAAGUCCCCAUUCACUGUAUGAAACAAUGCAAAACGCCCAAACUUGCCUUAAAUUCUUUCUCUUGACCUGAAACGCAGAGAACUGGAUGAUAAUUCCUGGUUUUUUGCCUUAUGAGCUGUGCUGUAUUUUAAACCCAAGGAUUUUUAGCAGGAUUUAAUAACUGUACAGAGAAUACCAAAUUGUACUCGGACUUGCCCAGAGGGCUUUGCUUGGGAGUGAAACCUGAUCCCUGUGGUUUGUGCACGUGUUUUUACCUGGACAUCUCUUCUUUUCUUUAGCAGCAACGUCCUGACUUUGUUCUCGUUUACAAAAGUGGCAUUUGAGUCCCACAGGAAAAGAACUGUGAGGUGUUUUGGGGUCUUUGGUAGUUCCCAAGGUGUUGCUUUUGUGCUCUGUAAGUAUUUGUUGUAACUAUUUCAUUGAAUGUGAAACCAUUUAGUAAAUAAACCUGGGGAAAAACUGA